AUGUUGAAGAUGCGAUUAUUGAUAGUAGUUCCUGUUCUUCUAGGACUUGUUUGGCAAAUUUUACUUCGUGCUGAAUUGGAUGGUGUUUCUUUUUUUGGGAUGUACAUUUCAGCCAACAAUUCCGGGGCUGGCUCAUAUGUAAGGACCAAGAAAGGAAAUGCCCUUAAGGAGGGGUUUUGUUCCCUUACCAUGGAUGAGGUCAGUCAGAACACUGAGGGUAUUACAGGCCUUCUUAACAACAUAACGAGUCACCCAUACUUUCGGUACUUUAAAGUAAAUCUGGACAGGGAAUGUCGUUACUGGGUCGCUGAGGCUAGUUGUACAUGUGAUUCAAAUGGAUGCCAGAUCUGCACUUGUGAUGACAGUGGAAUUCCCGAAACACUAAAAUACCCAUACGAUAUGAGUGAUGUUUCCACGGUUGAACGUCGUGCGGCCCCUGACAAACAUGCAGCAAAAGGUUUCGAGGACGAGAUCAAGCCGAUCGACCCAGAUAGAGAUGCAACAUAUGUGGAUCUUCUCCAAAACCCAGAGGCAAACACCGGAUAUUCGGGACCGAAAGCAGCGCGGGUUUGGCAGGCUGUAUAUAACAACUGCAAUAUUGACGGACUUCCAAGUAAUGAUACGGCUGGUGUAGAAAACAGAGAGAAGGCUUUACUUCGGCAGCUUCUAAGUGGGCUCCAUACUUCUAUAACCAUGCAUGUGGCUGCUUUCUUUUAUAAUGAUACGAAGGGUGACUCUCCGCUGCGCAGCCUAGGUGUGCUAAAUAAUCCCAAUAUAUCUUUCUAUCCUAACUGUGGCAUGUUCCGCCGCAUCGUUAAGAAUGACGAAUUCAUAAGGAACCUUUUUGUUGUCUACCAGUUUGUCCUUCGCGCUCUGGCGAAGACCAAACGUGCAUUUCUUGCUAACUCAAGUUUGUAUAACUCUGGCUUCAACGGCGCUGCUACAGAUGGAGAUGUGCGUCUCUACAGCAAUAUUGGGGAACUUUUUAGCAGCAAGCUAUUCCGCGUAGCAACUUUCGACGAGCAAAAAUUUUUUGAGUCUCCGGGUGCGCACCUACUGGUUCGGCAAAUGAAGCGCGUGGUGCACAAUGUUACAACUCUCAUGGAUUGCGUCACGUGUGAAAAGUGCCGCGCUUGGGGGAAGUUGGAAACAGCUGCUCUUGCCACCGCGUUGAAAAUUGUCUUCGGUUCCGCUGAGAAUGUGGUGGAACUAAACAGAGGAGAGAGAGUUGCCCUUAUAAAUUUUGCGCGGCAACUUGCCAUUUCUGUUAAAAAUGUUCGUUCACUAGCUGCUGUGUGCGAAAAAUUCAAUUACACGGCUAUGAGUUGA